AUGCACUCUACAUUGAUCCGCCUAAAAUCUGAGUUAUCGAAAAGUACACAUGGCAAGAAGGUGGAUGAAGGAAUGAAAGAAAGGCUGUUAACUGUGUGCAGUAUUUUUCUGGAUGUCGCUGAAGAUGCAGAGGUGAAACCGGAGAAUGAAGGUUUGAGGUCGAUGAUUGAAGAAGUAAAGGACAAAUGCUAUGACGUGAUGGACCUACUGGAAGAAGUGAAGGUGGCACGAGUUGAGCUUUGUUUUUGUAAUCCAGUCCCGCCAAGUCGUCGGAGGUUGAAACGCAUGGUCGAGGAAUUGGAAGACUUAUCUAGACACCGGGACCUCUCCCGAUCUGGAGGAGUUGCUUUUUUUAAGCCAGGGCCCGUGGCUGACAUGGGAACCGGAUUUCAACCACGUUCACAUGCACUUUAUGGGCGGGAUUAUGAAACAGAAUUUCUGUGGAUCAAGCUGUUCGACCCAUUCGGAAACAACAACUCCUUUGAGGAUAUUCGAGUCAUUUCCGUUGUAGGCGCUCCUGGAAUAGGAAAGACUGCAGUGGCCAAGUAUGCUUUUCAAUUUCCAAUAGUGCGGUAUCAUUUCGAAAUCCGUGCAUGGAUAUCUGCAUCCGAGGAUUUGGAUCUGAUAAAAUUUCUCAAAGUCUUCAUUGAGAUUUUCACUAAUGACGUGGUGUAUAACGUUGAGACUGAAGUAUUACAACUGAGAUUUCGCCAAAUCGUUGAGAAGAAAGAUGCCUUGUUGUGCUGGACGACGUCAGUCAGGAGAACCCUCAGCAUUGAAGCUAAAAUCCCGAAUGAACUUAGGAGCAACAUUACAAAUAUAUGUAAUGGGUCACCACUCAACGCCGAGUCUCUUGGUCGUUUCAUAUACCGUAGACUACCCGUGGAAGAAUGGCCAGAAGCACUGAAAGCUGCAGACACUCUCAUUAAACUUUGGAUGGCACAAGGAUUCAUUUCUUCUUCAGAUCAAGAUGGAGACGAUAUGGAGAAACAAGCUUGGAGAUGCAUAAAAGAAUUGUUAGAUCGUUACAUCUUUGAAGAAUCAAAAAUAGAUGAUAAUGGUAACUUCAAGUUCAGAUUAGAGGGCCGGAUGGGAGACUUUGUCAAAUCCUAUGUAAGAGGCGAAUACCAAAGCAGGUUCCUUGGUUAUUAUGAGAAGAAGCCUACCGAGGAGGGUCUCAUCACGCGGCAUUAUACCUUAAAUGUUGGAGUUCAAGCUUCUUUGCCAGACUCCAUUCCAAGGGCAGAGAAACUCCACACUUUGAUGAUUUUGUCCGAUCAGUAUUCCUUUCCAGAUCCAAUAAACACUGCUAAUCUACUACGCCGUACCAAAAGGCUCAGGGCGCUACACUUGAGCUCAUGUUCCAUAAAAGAGCUUCCACAAAACAUAGCACACUUGCUUCAUCUAAGGUACCUUGACUUAUCCUUCAAUCAUGAUUUAAAGAAAUUGCCUAAAGCAAUAUGCAGUUUGCUUCACUUGCAAACUCUAAAUCUUAAUGGAUGUGAUAGUCUUCAAAAGUUACCUAAAGACAUUGGGAAAUUAGUGAACCUACUAUAUCUUGAGAUUCUUUGGACAACAAGUCUUAGCUACUUACCCAAGGGGAUCGCGACUUUAACCAUGCUCAGAAGAUUGAAUCGUUUCUUUGGCAAUUCUAGUGCUAAUAAUAGCAAAGCUUGCAAUCUUGGAGAUUUGGAGAAUCUAAACAAGAUUAGAAGGCAUAUUACCAUAGAUGGGUUGGGUGCUGAAGCUGAUGUCUCUGGUGCUAAAAAAGCAAGUCUGAAGAACAAGAAAGAUUUGCUUGGCUUGGAACUCUGGUUUUCUUUUGUUGGAUCCGAGCGAAAAGAUGAAGCUGUGCUUGAAGCUUUGGAAGCGCCUCCUGGAUUGCAAGGCCUUGGGAUAUUUUACUACCAAGGCGAAUCGUUCCCCAAUUGGAUGACAGCAUUGCAGAAUCUGACACAUGUGAUGCUAGCUGAUUGUAGUAACUGCAGUGAUCUGCCUCCUCUUGGAAAACUGUUAGCACUUCAAUCACUUACCAUAAAGAAUAUGUCCAAAGUGAACAUGGUUGGUUCUGGAUUUCUUGGAAUUCAGUUGAACAAUGCUGCUGCUGGUGCUGAAAGUUCCGGUUCCUCAUCUUCCGAGGCAUUUCCAAAAUUGCAAGAACUUUGCUUUGAAAAGCUGAAUAACUGGGAAAACUGGAUUGGAAUAGGUGAUGAUGGCGAUUGCGCAAAGGUCAUCAUGCCUUCGCUUUCUUCUUUGUCAAUUAUAAACUGCUCAAAACUAAGGACAAUUCCAAACUACAUAAAGCUGAAGACAAAUUUGAGCGGUGGCAUUAAAAGAUGUCCUUCUCUUGAUUUAUCACAGCAUCAGUUAUCAAGUAUCUUUCAAGGGACUACAACCACAGAUAAAGUGGUACAUAACGGAUCUGAUAAAAUUCUUACUAGUUUAUGA